CAUAAUUUUGACAACAAGUUUCGAAAAAACAAAAACAAUGUUUUAUAUAAUGCUUUUAUUUUAUUUUUUGUUUAGCAAUUAUAUGUUGUAAUGGAAGAGAAUAUUAGAAGAAGGAUCCACCAGCUCGGGUAUUGUGACCGCGACAUGUUUGGAAAAUUAAGUCUUACCUGUAUCAAUUCAAAUCCGAGUUUGUUGAGUGAAAAUGGACCGAAAAUCGAAGAAAUUCAGCAGUUUCCUAAUGUGAUAGGCCCCAAAGUAAAUAAUAGGCCGAUGGUCAUAAGAUCUCAAUCCUGCAGUCACGAAAUGACCACUUCGAAUCCAGAAAACGAAAAAAGACGAGCCAGUGCUUUAGUCGACGACCUCCUAAUGGAAAUUUAUAAUUAUUGCCACAAUGGAACUACCGACUAUUAUUCUACAUCGGGAAAAAGUCACAGGAGCGCAUGGUUAGAAGUCGUUGAUUUGGAUGAAAAAGAUAUCCCUGAGCUUCACACCUAUUUAGGAUGUUUGAGGGAUUAUAUUACACGCACCGGAAGCGUCUUGGUGCGCCAACUAAAGCGUCGCGACGCCCUAAGAAGACAACAACAAGCCUACUGCGACGUCAUUACUAAGCUUCUAGGUCCAAGUGCCUCCGAGUCCGUAGAUAUGCGGUUUACGAUUCAGCCCACCCCGGGGGAAUCGGGGUUCUCCCAGUGGGUCGCCGCCAUGAAAAUGGUCGCCCAAUUACCCGGGGGAAUCCCGCCGGAGUUUAGGCGUAGACUGUGGGUCACUAUGGCCGAGAGACAUUUGACCUCGAGAGGUAUUGAUUGGACGAACGUGGAAAAAUCCUGCUUCAGCGAGUGGUCCCAUCCUGCGGACGCCGAACUCGGCAUCCAGAUCGUCAAAGAUUUGCACAGGACCGGAUGCAGUUUAUUUUGCGGAGAGGACGGCCAAGAAAACCAGGCUUUACUGAAAAAAGUGCUUUUGGCCUACGCCAGAUGGAACAAAGCAGUCGGAUAUUGCCAAGGGUUUAACAUGCUGGCAGCCCUACUGCUACAAGUAACAGAUCGAUGCGAGAGUGACGCUCUUAAGCUGAUGAUUUACCUGAUAGAAGGCCUCCUACCGGAUUCUUAUUUCGCCGAUAGUCUGAGAGGGUUAUCCGUGGACAUGGCCGUGUUUAGGGAACUUCUUAGGAGCAAACUGCCGAGUCUCUCUAAGCAUUUGGAUGUGUUACAGAAUGCCGCUAAAGACGGCUCUAGGAGCUACGAACCUCCUUUGACUAAUGUCUUUACUAUGCAAUGGUUUUUAACAUUAUUCUGCAACUGUUUGCCCCAACCAACAGUCCUACGGGUAUGGGACCUGAUCUUCCUCGAAGGAAACGAAAUCCUGCUGCGUACAGCACUGGCCAUCUGGCAGGUCCUUGCACAACGUAUCCUCGUGGUGCGUACUGCCGAUGAGUUCUACUGCAUCAUGGGCGCACUCACUAGGGAACUCUUGGAGUCCAACCUGAUCGAUGCCAACACCUUAAUAAAAGCCAUCGUAACCAUUGGUCCCUUACCAGAGCUGAAGAGCCUGAGGGACCACUAUUUGUACAAUAUAACCCCUUGGGGCACCGCCAUUCCUCAGCCGGUCAAUAAGCAAAUUAGCUUGCACCCGAAAAAUUUAGAUAUUAGUGCGUUGAAGAAACAAUACGUGAAGCUUAAGCAGAGACAGAGGCAGGCGCACGUCAUAUUUUCUUCUGCUAUAUCCAGGCAACCGUCUCCCAGUGCCACUCCGGUUGCAAUGAAUCAUCUUUUAGUGGGUAAAAGAUCUUUAGGGUCAGCCAAAAGAGUUGGGCCCCCCAAGGGCAGCAUACCCCCAGUGAGAUCCAGACAAGUCCAUCCAACUACUUUACACUGGAAAGAUGCCGAAAAGCAGGAUUCCAGUUCAAGCUCAAGCGAUACCGAACUCUGUGACGAUGACGUUAAAAGUUCCUCAGAUGAAGAAACCAGUCAAUUACCAAAAGACAAUCCAACUUCCAGUGAUAUUAAAGACAAUAUUAAAGAGCUUGAGCCCAUAGCAGAUAAAUCUUUGUUAUGUCCCUCCCCGGUAAACCUGAAAGUUAUAUCAGAUUCCGAAGAUGAAAAUGAGGAGUUUGAAAGUUUUCUUGCGGAUAGAGUGAAGUGCUUGAAGGAUAUCGAUUCUGAUGUUAGUGUCACAAGCAACACAAGAAGAAAUAGUGAGUUAGCGUUGCAAAUAAUACAAGAAAACUCUUUAAUACUGCAUAGGAUAAUGCAGUGCCAAUCCAGGUUUUCACCAUCCCCACCCCUACUGAUUGAUAGUGCAACAGUUAGUACAAGUGCCUCAUAUUUGGAUUUAGAAGAAAAUACUGAAAACACUGAGCAGCAAAAGAUGGAGGAAGUUUCUUCUUGGAUCGAAAGCCAACCUUUGGAUGCUGAACUGGAACUUCCAGUGUUUAAAUAUCGCAGCAUAUUGGAGAAAAGUAAAAGCCUCGAUGAACGAUAUAAUAGUUUAUUUAGCAGUUCAGUAAAAGAAAUGUUUCCACCCUUAGGGGAGCUUCAUGAGAGCAAAUCCGAAACCCCCAUAGGCAGCACGGUGGAUGAUAGUCUAUUAUCACCAGAAAUAUGUUCAGAACCUUUUGUUAACACCAAAACAGAUUCAGAAGAUACGUUAGUGGAUUUAAAAGACAAUAAUAAAUCAAGCCAACUUAUACAAGAAAAUCUUGAUUUACUGAAGGCCUAUUCUGCCAAAGAAAAAUCUAAGAAAAUCAUGCAAGAGAACGUUGAGUUAUUAGAAAGUAUUUCCAGUGGUGAUAAAAGUCUUACUCACAUAAAUGAUACAGUUAUAACCAAGGCAGACGAUCAAGAUUCAGCCAUAAGCAUUGACAUCAUUGAUAAUUUAAUAAAUUUAGGUAAUGAGCCUUCCCGACCCAAUUCAGCGGAUGACCUUGAUGGCUGUGAUAUUGAUUAUAAACUUAGUUUAAGGGUUGAGACUCGGUUAUCGCCCUCACCCAGUAGUUUAGAGCGGCCUUUAAAGUUAUGUGAUGAUCCCGUUAGUCCUAAUAAGUCUCCCAAUAAGGUUUUCAAUCCCUUUCCGGUGUCUUUGAAUACGAGACAAAGUAAGGAGGUCCCUCUAAAGUUGGGGUUGUAUAAGAAGUAGAGAAAAAGAGCAAUUUAUUGUGCGUUUCAGUCGCUGUUCGUGGUUUUUAAGUUAAUAUGGGAGUUGCAGGGUGUUUGUUGAGGUAAAAAAGUUACAAUGCAUAAAUGGAUCUAAGGAGGUUUUUGGAAAGUUGUUUAAGUUCUAAAAUUCCAACAAAAUUCAAAUUAAAAUUUUUUUCUAGAUUUUCCAAAUUUUAGUCAUUUAUAUGGAGUUUUUGCAGGCUAUGGUACAGCAUACAAGAAAUAUAUUUUUUUAUUUGGGCUUAGUUUUAAAGAAAUUUCAAACUUUAAUCAAAAAAUGCUAAUAACUCCUUUUUGAUUCAUUUUUGCAAAAAUAUUUUUGGAUUUGGUCGUUAAUUUGAAUUUAAGGAUUUUCUUGAUUUUACCCCACUAUAUCCAGAUUUCAAUCAAUUUUAUUCAAUUUCCAUUAAGUUUUAUGCAUACUAUUUUUUUUCAUGGUUUCAUACUUUUUGAAAAAAACUGAAAUCUGCUCUGCUUUCAAAUUUCAUCACAGAUUUCCCAAAAAAUGUUGUCCCCAAAACCAAAAAAUGCUAAUAACUUUUUUACUAUUUGUUUUUGGGCAACAUACCUAAAGUACGUUUUAUUUUAGAUUUAAGUAGCGUAUCCAUUGCAAUUUCUAAUAUUUCUUAAUUUAGCAUGCUUUUUGAGAAAAUUGCCAUUUCAAUAGGUAUUUUCACGAUUUUCUCCCACAGUAGAUCUCAUAAAAAAAUUCUUUUUUUAUUCAUCUUAUAGGAAACACCCUGUUAUUUCCAGAAAAACUUCAAACGUAUCGAUUAGUGCCUUUUUAGGCCCUCACGAUAUGAGUGACUGAAAAGAUAAAAAUCUUAGGCCAAAAAAAAUCUCAAUUAAUGUAACCCCUCCCCAACAAAUUAUAUAUUCUAAAAUUUUACCUUCAAAUUCUAGAUUAAAACUAUCUUAUAACGUUCCAUUUUGUAUUAGCCCAUAGAUUAGGGUAAUAAAUCGUCUAAAAGCUACUAGCCAAAGCUCUCCUUUUUAUUUUUAGGAAAUUUUACAGGGUGCUCAAACUAUGGACACCCCGUAGGUAUUUAUUUUAUUUUAAAAUUGACAAAAUGUUACUUGUGCUGUGCCAGUUUGUUGCUCUUAUUAAUGAGAAAUAAUCAAAAAAAAUGAUGUACGUAAAUAUAUUUUCCAUUAUAAACUUAA